GAUGAAAAGGAAAUUUUCGGAGAUGUCUCAGACGAUGAGCCUGAGAAGGAGCUCAACAUUGACGUCAAUGAGCGGAUGAUGCCAUCUGCCGACAGGGACCUCAUCAGCAUCAGACUGCCCAACAUGCUGUCGUUCGAUGAUGCCGAGUACCUUGGCAUGGAGUCCAUCACGGACACCUUGAUGGAGGGUUACAAAGAGUACAAAAAUACACGAGGUCAAAAUGUGCUUAGCCUGCAAAACCCAGAGAACUGCGUCCGAUGGCGCUUAGAGCAGGAUGAGUACGGAAACAAUGUGUUGGAUUCCGCCGGGCGGCCGGUUCACGAAUCCAACUGUCGGCUUGUCCAGUGGGAGGAUGAGACUUGGACGCUUUAUGUUGGAAGCGAAUCCUUCAACAUCACCGAGGUGACUGAUAGGAAUCCCAUCUUCGAGGUUAACAGCCAAGACGUUUACGUCUGCCAUGGAGCAAUCUCGAACAAGUUCAUUGCCACUCCAAGAUCAAUGGAAUCGGCAUCGCAUGACAUGCUCAAGCGGUCCCAGUACCGCAAGCAUGAACCUGUGCGGAGAUCGCUUCUCAUGACAGAGACCGAAACUGCGGAAGCAAGGCAGGUGCUGGACAUGGAGCGCGAAAACCGCAAGAUCCGGGAAAGUCGGCAGAAGCCUCGUUCUCAGUUCUGCGGGUUUGCUGUGGUGGUCUCUUUCAACAUGCAAGCUGCUUCCAUGUUUUGUUGGUUCCUAACGGGAAGAGGAAGGGCAGACGUAGGGUACCUGAUAUUAGAAUGUGGUCCCGCCUCAUUCACAAAAGUUGCGCAAGAGAUUGCGAGUGUUGCUCUUUUGAGUAUCUCACUUGGAGGCGCAUCUUUUGCAAUGCUAGACGCAGGGCGUUUUGUCACUGUUCGAACACAAUAUGCAUUUUCCGGAGCGUCCCACAAAACGCAUGGUCCUUUUCGUGGAAGUGGAGCUUUGUGGCGGGCAUUGUAA